GCGCUACGCGAUAUCACUGGUCGGUCAUGUGUGUGUCACUCUCACGUUCACAUUGGUACCGUUCGGAGUCCUUCGUUAACCGCGUUGGUGGUAUUGCUACCGCCGCCGUUACCGUCCACCGUCGCGUAGUGUGUGAUGUCCGAUAGUGUUACACCUGGUGUGCGUUCCGGAAGUUGAAAGUGUGUCCGGUUCGAGUAGGCUCUGUGCGCGGACGUCAACAGUGCAGGAGAGUGCUCGCUGUCAUUCUUUCUCUCUCUCUCUUUCUCUCUCCCUCUGUCUUUUGUCACAUCGGUCGUCUUGGACCGAUCGCGCGCGCAUCAGGAUAUAUUAUAUACCGAUAAUACGAAAAAGUGCGCGCGCACGGUCGGUGGCGCGGAGAAACGCGCGCGCGCCGGGAGAGCGGAGAGAAAACACCGUGAAGUAAGACGCGAACGAGACGGCGAAGAUCGCGCCGGACAGAGAGGGAGAGGUACGUUUGAAGUUGUGCGCGAGCGAGUCUCGUGGCUGUUUUCACGGAGAGAAGUCUCUCUCGCGCGCGCGUCCGCCGAACGCAAGGAGAAGCAAGGAGUGGCUACGCGGAUCGGAUAGUGCGUUGGUGAAGGAAGGAGCGAGAUAGGGAGAGUGACCGGCCGUCGCCUCAUGGCUCUGUUGUUUAAUGGCCCUUCGUGAUCGCGCGCGGCAGGAAGAGAUCGGCCGCGAAGCGGUGCCCGCUGCCAUCGACAAGUAGUGAUCGUUUGUGACAGUGUUCGCCGUUGCGUCCCCUCCCCCUUACCCCUGCUCCGACCCCGGCCCCGGCCCUGGUGUACGGUGCGUGUGCUCGUUGUUGUUUUUCUUUUGUUUUUGGGGGCGAGGCACGCUCCUCGGAGGAUAGAAGGAAAAACCGGGUCGGUGACAGGGGGGCCGGGAACGAGAGAGCGAGUGGAGCGAGAGAGAAGACGGAAGAGGAGCGGGAACAGUGGGGGUGGGAGACAGGGGGCGCCUACUCUGGCGCGGCAAGGGGGGGAGGGGGACGUACGAGGGAAAGGGUGACUGGCGGACCCGGCUGUGGCGAUCCGAAGUCGCGGAUUCGGCACGCCACGGUGUACCGAUCGUAAUAUGGCGUACAAGUUUCGCGAGGAGAUCGUGGGAAAGAGGUUUCUCUCGGUGAGUGAUUUCACCAAGCUGAAGGUGAAUAAGAUUAGUGAGUGGGGUUGGCGUGCGGGAGUGAUACGUGCUGCCAGUCAUAGGGAUAACGGCUGUCAUGAUCUUCAGAUCCUCGUAGAAUACGACGACGUAGAGUGGCAAAGGAGGGAGUGGUUGUCGCCUCAUAGGGAUGCCGUAUUCUCCUUCUUUCUCAUUGAACGAGGUCUCUAUUGGGCCGAACGACCUGACCCCAGACACGCCAGUCUCAUCCCCAUCGAUCAUCACAAUCACGCGAACAAUAACCACCAUCAGCACCGCAUUAACGGGAAACCGCUCAGAGGCGCCACGGCAGUCGCCGACACCGUUGCCUGGCCAGCUCUUACUUUCUAUCCUCUCGUGGCACGCGCUGAGUUGCACGAAGACGCCAUGCCGAUCGAAUUUAUGCAAGAUCGCAAACUGGACUUCGUAGACUAUUCGAAGCUGAAGCCAUUCACCCAGGAUUGGGAGCUGACUAAGGGAACGAUGCCCUGGAGAAAUGCUGUUAGGAGAUGGGCCGAGAUGCAGGACGGUCAGAGGAUCUUGCUGACUACGCCUAGCAUUCUGGUUGGUUUCAGGGUCGAAGUUUAUCGGGCGGAAGGCACCACACAAUGGUAUACUGCCGUGAUCGUCGGUUAUAAUGAGUCCACUAAGGAUUUGACUGUCACCGACGACACGGUCCUCGAAGAUCACAACGAGGAUCCUACUUUAGUACAAAUGCGACUGAUUGGCGAUGGAGUCGUCGAGAGCAUCAUGAGGGGCGAGGUCGUCGGCAUGACACCGAGGAGGUCGAGGUCAUCGACUGCUCUGACGCACGCGCUCGUGGUGCCCCGACCUGGAAGAAGGCCUCGAAGACGACCGGGAAACGCGGCGCAGUUGCAGGCAACUCCAAGGGUACAAAGUCCGAUAUCUCAGCAUCUCGAAAAAGAGAAGAAUAACGCUCGCAACAAUCGACGUCGACGUGUGAGCGAAGGUGCUAGUCGCGAGAAGACCGAAAAAGAGUCGACGGAAGCGGCAUUAUCCACGCGGCAGCAGGAAGAUCGAGAGAAUAAAGGGCCGCCGUCGGGCAAGGUCAGCAACCGUGUAGCUCGGCCAGUGUUGGAAGAGGCGAAUAGCGCGUCGGGAAGCGCCUCGAAGCUACGAAGACGCGGCGCCGCGGUAAAGAGUCCAACCGCCGACCAUCAGGGUCCGGCGCAGCAUCAGAGACCGGUACGAAGAAGGCCGAGGCCAGGGAGCGGCCAGGAAGUCAAGCCAGGAGUAGAGGAGGAGUCCGUCGAGCAUCAUCAUCAUCAUCAUCGUACCGGAAGCGGCGCGAGAGCCGACAAGGACGAACGUCUCGGUAGCAGAUCCGAGGAAGAGGAGGAAGAGGAGGAGGAAGAACGAGCUCUCGAAAGGGAGAACGAGGAGAGUCCGGAACGUUGCGAUCCAUUGACUAAGCGGCUAAGAACAAGCCCCGUCGGCAGAAAGCUCCGAUCCGAGAGUAGUAAGGGCAAAAACGCCGAGGAAGCUGCAGCGGAUCGGGCCGGGGAGGUGGUGGUGGAGGAGGACGAGGAGGAGGACGACAAGGAGGAGGAGGAGGCCGGUGUGGAAAAACACGAUCGGGCUGAACGGGAGGUCGACAAACUCGAGGAGAACGAAGAGAGCCAAUCCAGGGAACGGGACAGAGAACCCGAGCCGCCACCUCCGGAUAAAGUCGAUCCCGGGGGCAAUCCAGCUUCCGAGGAACAACAGCCGGAUAACAAUCCAGAACCGAAAAAGGACGGUCGCGCGAUCGAUCGGGGCGCGGCGAAGAUCGGCGAGCGCAAGGAACAGCAACAACAACGACAACAACAGCACCAGCAGCAGCCACCGCAGUUCGUCGUGAAUGGAUUGCACGUCGAUUCGCCGCUGGUCAGCGACAAGACGAAUGUCAUUCGCGAGGACAGCCCGUCGCUGCUGAAGUCGACGACUCGAUCCAAGGCGAAGGGCUUCGCGGAAGAGGACGGAGAGGACGCGAGAGCGAGAGCGAGAGCGACAGCGGCAGCGGCGGCGGCGGAGGACGAGCGCGACGAGAACGCCAGCGAGGAGGAAGCGGGCUCGCAGCGGUCGCGCCGAACGGAGCUGACCACCACCGAGUUAGGCACGGAGGAUAGCGUGGGUAGCGUCGGCGGCGCGAGGGCGGCCAGCGUCGAAUCGGUCGUCGAACUGCUGGAGUCGAGCAGUCAGGACUCAGGCUCCGUGCUGGAGAGGCUGAGUCCGCUUAGUAGCAGCGGCGGCGGCGGCCCCGGCAGGCAGAAUAGCCUGCUCCUGGAACAACAGCGGGAGCAGGAGCGCAGUCGGCACAACGAGAGUCCGAUCAUCCUUGCCGAGAGACUGAACAAGCCGCCACCGCCGAUCGCCGGUCACCAUCAUCACCAUCAUCUCCAGCCGUAUCAUCAGCCGCCGCAUCAGCAACAGCAGCAACAACAGCAACAGUAUCACCAUCAUCACCAGCAACACCAUCAGCAGCGUUAUUCCGCCGGUAGUCCGGUGAUUCACCAUCACCACCAACAGCAGCAACCGCCGCCGCCGCCACAGCAUCAUCAUCAUCAUCAUCAUCAUCAUCAGUUAACGAGCAGCUCGCAUCAACACCACCAUCAUCAUCCCACCCACUUGACCCCGUCGGGCCUCCUCGAGGUGCAACAACAGUCUCACACAUCGAGGGGUGGCGAUGAGGCCGGCGGCGGCCUCAUGGAGGUGGAGCCCGGGGCCGGUAUACCUGGUGCGGGCGUACUCGCUGGUGUGUCUACAGCGAUCGGCGGCAUACGGGCGUCGGGAGGCAGCAACAGCGGCGGCAUCGCCGGCACUUACGGCGACAGCGGCUCCGACAGCGGGGUAAGCUCGCUGAGAAGCGCCGGCUCCGGCGACGAGAGAAGCGGCAGCAGGAGCUCGGCGCUCAGCGUCGAGGAGACGACGUCGUCCUCGACGCCAUCGGCGUCGAUAACUACGUCCGCCGCCCCGGCCAGAGUCUGGCACGUGCAGAGCAUCCAGCACACGACUCUGCUGAUGGCGCAUCCCCAGGGCGCGCCCAACGCCCCUGCGAACGCCGCAGCCACGGCGCCGCCGGUCGGCUAUCAGAGCCCGGCGCCUCCGGGUCAUCACGCCGCCGUCGCGUCCGACAUGCUCUGGAGGCCUAUCCAGUCCAGGACCUAUCCGCCGUUAUCGCACACCCUCCUGGGACCGCAGCAACCCAGCCCGGAGGAGCUGCUCGAGAGGGACCGUCACGAGAGGCUGCUGCGAGAACGCCGCGAAGCGGAAGUGCGCGAGUUGGAGAAGGCCAAGAUGGAACGGGAGAGGCUUGAGAAACAGAGGGCUGAACAGGCGGUUCAUAAGCACUUCGAGGAAUCCUUCAGGUUGGCACAACAAAAGGUGUCUUAUGUCCUACAGAGAAAUAUGCAGACUGCGUCUAUAGCCUCAUGGAACAAUUUCUUGCCGAUCGUCCCUCCGCCGACGCACCCGGCAAGCAGAACCCACGGGGCCCCUUCAGGGUUGACGGCGCACGCCGCUGCGAGUCAUCGCGGUCAUCCUGGUCAUCUCGGCGGUACACCAGGCGGAGCCCCUGCCGCCGCUGUCACCACGCAUUCUGUAUCCGUGGCGCAACAGCAGCAGCGGGAGCGUGAGGAAUACGACAAAGUGCGAGAUAUACGAGAAAUUCGCGAACGGGACGCAGUUUUGGCAGUCGAAAGGCAAGUGCGUCAGAUCGAGACGAGAGAUCACAUUGCUGCGCAACAAAGAGCCGCUUACUACGCGACAUCGCCGGCUCAGCAGGUGUCUCGACCUUCGAGCGUGCCCGGGAAAGUCGAGUACCCGCCUCCGCCGGCGCACUCGCGGACAUCGAAGUCGUCGUUGCCAGUCGGUGCUCUUCACGAGAAACCAUCGGUAGUGGGCCCAUCGCACAGCUCGUUACCGAAGGCCGAGCCGAAUGUGAAUCUAUUCAAUUAUUCAUCGACGUAUCAACCGUCCUGUUCGCCGUACAUGCACGACCUCAAGAUUCAGAACGAGCUACGGCAACCGCCGCCAAAGUCUCUUCCGAGCAAGAGUGGGCUGGCCGGCGAUCUCGAGAGGGACCAUCACGGCAGAGAGGUACUGCAGAAUCCACCAUCUCUGCUGCCGGAUCACAAAAGCUCGGUGAUCGUGAAGAACGAAGGUAGGGAACUGGCGAAAGCACCGGCGCCGCAGCAACACUCGUCCAGCUCGAGGAGUUACUUGAGCCUUCAACCGGUGGCGCCGCAACACAAGUCGUCCGCAUACGAGGCGUACAGAAGUCCGACGCAGAGCCCGCACCAUCUGCAUCCUGCGCACUUGGACGGUCUACAGGCGGCGAAAAGCAUCGCUUCAUCGGCGAGCCAUCACCGGAGCAGCAGUGGCGCACCGACAACGACGACGACGCAGCAACUGCCGAGUCCGCAUAGCCAUCCACCACCGCCUCCGGCGCCUGAACCACGUCUGCACCCGCAUAAUCCUCGUCAAUCUCCACACGCCCCGCCGCCGCAGCACCCGCACCAACCGCCCCCGCCGCCGCAUCCCUCGCCACCUGAACCGCGUUAUCUCAAUAGGCCGGAACCAGCGGGUCUGCCGUACAGCGCGGCCAAGUCCACGUAUUCGUACCCGCAUCCGCCCACGGCCUCGCCGACGCCGUCGUCGCAUUACCCCACGCCACCGCCGGCCGGUUCCAAGCCGAAAGUGAGCAGCCCGGCGCCGCCGCACAUUUACGGCAAGCCUAAUUCCGGCAUCAUGACCGGCACACCGGUCUGCCGUGCCUCCGAGCCUCCCGUCGCCGCGCCGAUUCCGUUGACCUCGAAGGCCGGCAGCUCGCCUUACCAGCAAGUGCCUCAUCAUCACGGGGCGCCGCCGCCGCUGCCGCCACCUGCGCAUAGUCGAGUUUAUGAAAGUCGCUUCGUUGGCUCGUUGGCGGGUGCGAAAUUGCCGCCGCCACCGUUGCACGGUUCGCCGCCAACGGCCGCCUCAGCACCGCUUUCAAGGCCGAUCGCCCAUCCCGCUCAUCCUGCGCAUCUUAGCACCAGUCCGCAUCAGCAGUCUGGUCAGACGUUGCAGCACGCGCAAUCCCAGAUCACUACGGCCUUCCAGACGCAACCGCUUGACCUCGGAGUGGAGAGGUCAGGUUCACCCAAGAGAAAAGCACCAACGCCAUUGUUAUGCGAUAACGCAAGUGGUCAGCCGGUAUCGUUGGAAGUCUGUAAGAAGAGAAGAACCGAGGAACCACAACCAUUGUCCUUGCAAUGCGUUGGUCAGCCUGUUUUGUCUAGGGUAAGCGAGCCUAGUCCGCUCAUUGCCUCGGCCGCCACGUCCAUCACCACCGUUGUCAAUACUGCGUUAUUGGCGCAGUCGAAUAGUCAGACGACGCAAGAACAACGCACGGUAACGGCAGUGAGUCCGGCGCCAGGUACUGCCAGCGGCGAUGGUUCCACACGACCCGCCAGCACCGGCAGCGUAUGUUCAUUGAAUCCCACUCCAUUGAGCGCGGCACCGAGUCCAGCACCCAUACCCAGUCCAGCGCCAUCCACAGCGCCCAGCCCGGCACCCAGCGCGCCUGGUACUCCCGCCAAAGUAAAUCCUAGCACCGGCGCGGAUAGCGAGAAGUCCAACAGUCCAGCGCCGAGACCGCCCAGCAGUACUAGUUACCCGGGUCACAAGUUGAAGAAGGCGUGGCUGCAGAGACACUCGAGAUGCGAGGAUGGCACCGAGAAUACCACCAAUAUGGUCAGCACGGUCUCAUUACCCCUUAUCUCCCGGGAAACGUCAUCGUCCAACAGCAAGGAUCGCGACACCAGCAAUACGUCAAAUGUGAAUGCAAACAACAGCAGUGCGCCGAUCACUUGCUUACCCAGCGCAGUAAAUUCGAUUCACAAUAUCGGUAGCAUGGCGGUAAACAGCAUUAACAAGAGCAAAGUGACCGGCAAGAGCGGUCGAAAACCAGCGAAUAAAGAAUCACUGAACGGCCACGCUACAGACACCAGCAAAACCCCGCAGGAGGAUUCGUCCAGCAGCGACCCGGAAAGGAAGUCGCCGCCCAAACGAAAGCCACCCAAGGUAAAACGAAAGAAGGGCGCCGCACGAAGGCAACAAACGGCCGCGGAAGAUCAGCGGAGGCGGAAAGAGGAAAAGCAAGGCGGCGGAGCUGGUGCAGGCAGCGAGUCUAGCAACGAGAGCGAGGCAGGCUCUGCCAGUGAUACCAGCGAACAAUUGAGCACCAUUCAACCUGCUUCGAGGGUUCGACAUACUACGGCCAAUUCCAACAAUUCCUCGGGAAACGGAAAUAACAAGGAACCUAGGAAACGUGGUAGAAGACCAAAGACUACGAAAGGCAAUGAAGUAGGAGGUGAGGAUCAACAGCCUCGUCAGAAAAAAGAACGUAGAGACGACAGUACGAGCGGUGGUAACAAUGGACCGGGCGGAAGUGGCGGGCGAGGCGAUCCCUUUCGUAAACCACCGAUAUCGCAAUUGAAAAAAACUGGGGAAAGCUGGUUGCAGGAUGGCGCUUGUUUUGAAGUGGCUCCAAAGCUGGCCAAGUGCCGCGAAUGCCGAUGGACGCCGCAUCAACGUUCCAAGAACCUUCCUCAAAAUAUCUUCUGCAGAUUUUACGCGUUUCGCAGACUGCGUUAUACCAAAAACGGACAAUUAGCCAUAGCGGGAUUCAGUGACCCACACAAGGAUGCAUCCGAGGAAGAUCUUCGAUUAUGGUUACCAGGAAAAGAUAAUCAAGAAACAACAGGAAAGGAUGACAAAUCCGAGAAAAAUGAGAAGGACAAAGGGGAUCGAGAAGACUUAGAUUUGGAAACGGCUCAUCGGUUGCUUCGACAAGUUGGCGAUCAGUUUUGUGACCUUUUACAUCAAGAGAAAGAUGCCCUCCAAGAGCACAUGGCCGAAGCGAGUUCGGGGGUUGUAGACGGAACAGUAGCGUGGAAACGAGUGAUCCAGGGUGUUCGAGAGAUGUGCGAUGUGUGUGAGACUACCUUAUUCAACUAUCAUUGGGCCUGCGGCAAGUGCGGUUUCGUUGUGUGCAUCGAUUGUUAUAAGGGACGUAAAAAUGGAACGAUCAAGAUCUGGGGCGAAAGUGGAAAAGACAGGGACGAAUUCUCAUGGCUUCUAUGUACAAAUAGACAAGCACACGAACCAGAACGACUCAUGCUUACGCAAAUCAUCGCUGGAGACAGUCUUUUGCGAUUGGGCCAACGUCUGCACGAAUGUCGUGCGGAAUGGGGAAUCCUUCAACAUUGUGCUUGCUCUCUCGUAACUUCGACGCAAUCCAACGAAGUUCUUCGAAAUCUGAUCAAGGGCGAUUCCGUGCCUGUUCUUAAUGGAAAUGUAAAGCAGGAGAUAAAGGAAGAAAAGAAGAUGAAUGAGUCUAACGGCGCAUCGGAAAGCAAAACAAACGGCGAAGAUAAAAACUCGCCGCUGAACUGGUUGGCGGAUGUAGCGUUGCAGAAUCAGGACAAAAACGAAAGCGGUUCGAGUUCGGACUCGGAUGAGGAUCGCGAGGGUAAUUACUCGACUUUGCGUGAAUUGCUCAUUAGACCGUCGCACAAGUCAAAUGGUAGCGGUGGAUCCAGAUCGAAUUCGCCAACGACCAAUUCGGGCGGUGGUGUAAACGCUACCAGCGCGACUGGUAACACCGCUACGCAAAAUAAUGUUACCAAGUCCGGCAAAAAAUCAAAGAUGGAUACACUUGAUGAAGUAAUAUCUAGCGUGAUUGAACAUAGCGUGAAGAAGGAUAUCAGCUUGGGCGACGCGAAACCACGAGUAUUGAAAUAUUUUGUGCGACGCUACAAGUGGACGCAACGUGGCCGAGAGCCGUUACCAAUCAGAAUUAUGACAUUGACGGAAAGUAAGAGCCUCUAUCCAGACGUUCCGCACUCCUGGCUCUGCAACGGUAAACUAUUGAGGUUAAACGACCCGAAUAAUCCCAACAAUUACAGAAUAUUCCAGGAUCAAUGGAAGAGAGGGCAGCCGGUGAUCGUAUCGGAUGUUUCCAAGGCGCUGGACAUGAAUCUUUGGCAUCCAGAUUCGUUUGCCCGUGAUUUUGGCGAUGAGAAAAAUGAUCUCAUUAAUUGUAUGACCGGGAAUCUGGUGCCUAAUCAACCAAUGCGCAAGUUUUGGGAGGGAUUCGAGAACUUUUCCAAACGGCUAAAGGACGAGCGAGGGAAUCCUAUGUUGUUAAAACUGAAGGAUUGGCCACCUGGCGAAGAUUUCGCUGAACUAUUGCCAUCGAGAUUCACGGAUCUAAUGAAGGUUCUUCCAUUAUCUGAAUACACGCAUAGGAAUGGCAGAUUAAAUCUGGCAAGUCGUCUGCCUAAUUGCUUCGUGAGACCGGAUCUGGGCCCAAAGAUGUACAAUGCUUAUGGUUCUGCUCUUCAUCCCAGCAAAGGCACGACUAAUCUUCAUCUCGAUAUCUCGGACGCUGUGAAUGUCAUGGUAUAUGUGGGGAUUCCGAAGGAUGCCGAUAACGACGAGCACAUCAAAGAAGCGUUAAAAGCAAUAGAUGAAGCAGGUUGUGAUGUUCUGACUCGUCGACGUGCUCGUGAUCCUGCCGAGGCACCCGGUGCAUUAUGGCAUAUUUAUGCAGCACGCGAUGCAGACAAAAUUCGAGACCUUUUGAAUGCUGUUUCUUUAGAACGCGGAGCUCGCUUGGAGCCGCAUCAUGAUCCCAUACAUGAUCAGAGUUGUUAUCUGGAUGGACCAUUGCGCGAACGAUUGUAUCGAGAAUACGGUGUGGAAGGAUAUGCCAUUGUUCAGUGUCUAGGCGACGCAGUAUUCGUUCCAGCCGGCGCACCGCAUCAAGUCCGUAAUCUUCACAACUGCAUAAAGGUGGCCGAGGAUUUUGUGUCGCCGGAAAACGUUUCGCACUGCUUCCAUUUGACCCAAGAAUUCCGUGCAUUAUCCGACACGCAUACUAAUCACGAAGACAAACUACAGAUCAAAAACAUCAUUUAUCAUGCCGUGAAGGAUUCUUUAACUGUUUUGGCCAACGUUAAAGAAGAGACUAUAGCCAAGCUCGCCAAGGCUAACAAUGAGACAAAAAUAAAAGAAGAGACCUAGCCGUAAAUCUUUCGGUACGGUCAUAAGACCUUUGAUGAUAAUUUCCUUGAUUGGAUCUCGUCAUGCAAGCGAGAUUAAUCGUUGUCGGCACUCCCGAAUACAGCAAAGCUGACGAAACCGGGAGAAUUUGCAGAAGAGAAUCUGUCCUCACCGCGGCACAAUCAUUGAGAAGGUGCGAGGAUUUGUUGUGAUAUAUACAUACAUACAUACAUAAAAAAUAUAUAAUAAUGUUAAUAAAUUUUUUUUUAAUCGGGAAGAGAGAUACUUGAGUUGCGAUGUUGGUUGAGCCAAUGAACAUUAGUUAUACAUGUACAUUGUUUCAUUUGAAUUCUCUUAUAUACAUAUUUUUUUUGCUCUCCCGCAUUUUUUUCUCAAGAGAGACGCUUGUGGACAUGAAGUCCGACGAGCUGUACCAUGUAAGUGGAAAAAAAAAUAAAUCGUGAGCCGGAUUGCGCAUAAAUAAAACGCCGCGUCCAUUACUUGUGAUACCAGAUGGACUUUGAAUCGUAUACAUUAUUUGUAAUUAAUUAUAUCGUGCCUGUAUCCAACACACACUGUCUAUAUUAUAUAAAUGUAGAUAAUUGUGAAAUAUUGUGUAUGAAUUUUUGUGUAUGAAUUUUGCUAGCAACUACCAGAGAGAAAAGAAGGGAGUUUCUGUCUAGAAGAGGAUUUGUCUUUGUGCAAUUAGAUGUCCUUAUGUAGCUGGAUCAGAGCGAUAACUGUGGAUCCAUUUAAUCGUGUGCUCUGAUGAUCUGGUGCUUUCGGUAUUUCAUUAAAAUCCCAGCCAGAAAUAGCCGAUACGUAUUCGCGUUUAAGUUUCUUAUGUUCCACGCGACAAGGGCAUAAGAAUAAAAACACUGCCUAACUAAUCGGUUCGACGAUAAUGGAAGAGAUAAACCUUUUCGCACUUUUAGUAGAUAAUUCGUAUUGUUCGCGUUUGACGUUUUUUAGAGGCAUAUUGUUUUCCAAUGGCGAUAUAUGUAUCGGUUAUGUGAGCGGCGGGAUAUUGCUGCAAGUUUUGUAUGUCACUUGAAAUAGAAGACAUCAAAACGAGAGAAAAAAUACAAUAAUUUCUUCGAUAUUAACUUUUCGAGAUAUACCGACGGAUGUGUGUAAAAUCGUUGAAUUAAACAUUUUAUUGCUGUCAUAACCCAGUGACUACCCGGCGUGUAAUGUAAACGGGGAUAUUAAUAAGAUGAACAUGUUAUUUUUGUCAAAGCGUAUACAAGUCGACAAAAGACAGCGAUAAUGUAAUUAUAUUGUAACAAUACGCUGAGACGCUAAACAAAUAAGAACACAUUUGCAGUAACAUUUAAAAAAAAAAAAUAAAAAAGAAUAACGACUUUUUAAGUGCCAAUGUUGAACGACGUAGGACAUUUAAGUAUACACGCGUUGUGUAAGCAUAUAUGGGUAAGUAGAAAAGAGAAAAACAAGAAACAAAGAAAAGAAAAAUAAUUAGUCACAAAAUUCGCAGAGAUGACAGGCCAAGUUCCUAUCAUCGUAAUAAUAGUUUGCGCGAAUGACACGAAGUAUUUCCGAUUAUUCGUACUGUCAUUAACGAUUCGAAAAAUGCUGUCGUUUCCGUUUCCUUUCGCGGAAUUUAAUAGCCCGAAUAAUUUAUGAUGAGAACGUUUUCGAUAUACUUGCGUUCAUAAUUUUUGAAAUAUGACAAUUACAAUAAGACAGCAAUUCUCGAUUCGAAUAUAAUUGUCGAGUAUGUGCGAUUUAUGCGCGUCGAUCGAUCAUCAAUUUAUUAUAUACGGUUGGUAUAAUAAACACGAGCGUGUAAACAAAAAGAAUGAACAGAAAAAAAAUAAAAAUAUAUCACUGGCAAUCCUAAAAUCUGCAAGUUCUUUGAUCUCAACAUUCGUCUAGCAUACAACGACUUGAUUAAAUAAUAUUUAACGAAUAAAUUUUUAAAUAUCUCUUAGUGUCGAUAAGUAAUGAUUAUAAGAAUUGUGUAAACUACAAACAACAACAACAAAAAUACUAACUCCACAAUGGCAGUGUAUAAAGUUUUAGGAAGACGUAUUUCCGUGUAUUAUUGCUGCAGACGAGACGCUAUUGUUUGUUCUCUUGCUACAUGUAUAUGUACAUACAUUUAUAUAUAUACAUUCGUAUAUGUAUACAUAUAUAAAUACGAAAAAGAAGGAAGAAGUCUAGGACUUACGAUAAGGAAAUACACACAAUCUUUACGAGACACGAAAAAAAUUACACCUUAUACACACGCGUAGAUAGAUAGUUUAUUAUGCCAUUAUUAUAAUUAUAUAUUAUCAUAUUAUUACGAUUAAUUAUUACGGCAAAUACAAUAUUUAAAUGUUAUUAAAUAUAUGCCGAAAGGAGUAUGAGCACGAGCGCGCGAGUGUAAAUGGUCAAAAAAAAGAAGAGAAGAUUGAAGGAGAAAGAGUUAAUGAUGCUUAAACCAGCAAGGAGAUGAAACAGAAAGAAUGUGCGUGGUGAGAAAGAAAGAGAGAGAGAAAGAAAAAAAUGUUUGCAUGAUGGUGUAUGCUAAUUCAGUGAAAAUGUGUCAGAUUGAGAGAACAUGGGGCCGUGCAUUGGGGGCGGAGUCGAAUGGAUA